GGAGACAGUGUCAGAUCUCAUGAAGAAGGAUUUUUCCCCACUGAACCUUUUACAAGAGAACAGUGGAGAAUGUUGAUCUAAAUGUCAUAACAUCUGAAGAAUUAACUCUGGAAUAAAUCUAUAUGGAGUCCUCCACAUUAGUAAGUAGAAUGGGUAAUGUCCUGCGUGGUAUUGUGGCCUUCAUACCGACAGAGCGAUGUCAACGAUUCUUGGUGGGUGACAUUAAGGAGAUGCCCUUGGAUUGUACGCUGGAUCUGAGUUGCCGUCAGUUAAGACACUUUCCAAACAGAAUCUUUGUUUUUAAUGAGCUGAUUAAACUGUACCUAAGUGACAACCACCUGAGCAGCCUUCCGCCAGAUUUGAAAAGACUGUGCAAACUACAAUUGCUGGCCCUUGACUUCAACUGCUUUGAAGAGUUUCCUCUUGCUAUAUGUAGCUUGCCAGAGCUUAAUAUCCUUUACCUUGGUAACAACCAUUUGGCUGAUCUUCCUCAGGAAGUGGCAAAACUGAAAGAGCUGAAGACCCUGUGGUUGGAGAGUAACUGCCUCACAAUUUUUCCUGAAGUGAUUUGUCAGCUCCCAAACCUCAAGACACUCCAUCUGGGCUACAACCAAAUUCGUAACUUGCCCACUGAAUUAAGCGGGCUGGAAGAGCUGCGCAGUAUUUGGCUGGCAGGCAACCAGCUGAGUGAGUUUCCAGCAGUGCUACUGGAGAUGCACUUCCUGGAGGUAAUUGAUGUGGACCGCAAUCGCAUUCGUCACUUUCCCUGCCUGUCCCAUUUGCAAGGGCUGAAGCUAAUUAUCUAUGACCAUAACCCCUGCGUAAAUGUGCCAGUGGUUGGAGAGGGUGUACGACGUGUUGGCCGCUGGGCAGACUGCUCUGAUGAAGAUGAUGAUGAGGAUAUGGGGAAAGUGGUGUCAGAGCCUUUAGGGGAGACAAAGGAGCAUAGUCCAGAAAAUGACAUAAAAUCAGAGACAGUGGUAGCACCUGACCUCAAUGAAAUUUUGUAGUACUGUAUAGUCAAGCAAAUCAGUAAUCGGAAUGUUGUACAUAUUUUGUUUGUAUACCCAAAUAUCAAACAUAAUUUACAAAGAGUAAAUUAACCUGUCCUUCAACUGAUUUAGACAUAAAUAUUGCAUGAUGAAUUUAUUGCAUUUGAUUAAAUUAUUUCACACAACCAUACAAUAUUGUCUAGGCAAAUAUAUACACAGGAUGCAAA